AUGAGUUUUGGUUUUGAGUUUCUUACUAUGAUGUUGUUCAUCAUCAUUAUGACAGUGUUAUUGAUUCCUUUAUCUAUAUCAUCACUAUCAUCACAAAGUACUAACAUUUUGAGUGUUGGAAGCUUCCAUGUUGAUAGUUUACAAGAUAGUUAUUUCAUGAGGGAGAAAAAUGAAGAGGUGGUGAAAGUUGAGAAAAUCUCAGGUUUAGAUGAGAAUGAAGAGAAACAUGGUUUUAUAGUUGAAAAGUUUAGAUCUUUACUUGGUUUAAAGAGUUUUCACAAAAGGGUAUAUUCUAAAUCCAAUGGUGAAGAAGCUACAUCACCUUCUCUAGCACCAGCACCGGCUCCGGCGCUGGCGCCUGAAGGAUUGCAUUUGCAUUCUCGUUCUCAUUCUCAUCAUCCAAAACAUCAUUUUCAUUGGAAGCAGAUACCAAAGAAGGUUCAUCAUGAAGAUGAUAGAGGCAGAAGAGAUACAAGAAUACUAGUAGCCGUUUUUGUUUCUGUUGGAGUUGCUUCGUUGGUUGGUGCUUUUGGUUUGAUGCUAUUUUGCAGGAAAAAGUUCACAAAUCACAAAAAGAAGAAACCAAAGAGAACAAUGCCUCUUUGUAGCAGCAAUAGCAAAGGAAGAACAAAAGGUACUAGUUAUCAAAAUUCUUCAGGACUAGAUCUGUUUUAUCUUGAUGCAUUAGGUGAAGAUAUUGAGCAACAAAAUGCUUGUGGCUUGAAAAAGACUAGUGAGGAAAUUGUUUCUGUUCAUGAAGAGGUGGAAAUGGUUGUUGAUGGCAAAAAUUUAUCUGAUAAAAUUGUUCAUGAAGAUUGUGGUUCAUCAGAGGAUGAAAGUUUUCAUUCUUUGGUUGAUUCACAAUCUAAUUUGAGACUCUCUAAUGCUUCUGCUUCUAGUCUUGGUGACACAAACUCUUUGGUGUCACCUCAAAAUUCAUUUUCUUUGUUACCAAACCAAGUACCUAGUUCUCCACAAAACUCAACCUCAAACACACAUGAAGAGAUUGAAACCUUUGUUCAAUGUCCAAAAACAUACACUUCCUCUCCUGCUCCUCCUCCUCCGCCGCCACCGCCGACACCGCCUUUGAAAAUGCCACUCUUUUCUUUACAUUCACUAACAUCUUCAUCUAGAGUUUCAUCUCAUACUUUGUCUUCUCCUAUAAAUUCAGAAACUUCUUCAAGAUCAAACCAAAGUCUUGGAAAGGAUUCAUUUUCUCUAUCUCCACCUAACCUCACAAAAUCUCCUCCUCCACCACCAUGUCCUCCUCAAUUUCCAAAAGGAAAUAGCAACAACAAGGCCAAAACACCUCCUCCUCCACCAUAUGAAUUCCCUCCAUCACCACUUGGUAAAGAUGGUACACCAUUGGCUAAACUCAAACCUCUUCAUUGGGAUAAAGUAAGAGCUGCACCAAACCGCACAAUGGUUUGGGACAAACUAAGAUCAAGCUCAUUUGAAUUUGAUGAGGAAAUGAUUGAGUCACUUUUUGGAUACAAUUUGCAAAAUUCAAUGAAAAAUGAUGAAAGUAAGAGUAAAACACCAUCUCCAAGCAAGCAUGUACUAGAUCCAAAGAGGUUGCAGAACAUAACAAUACUCUCAAAAGCUCUUAAUGCAACAGCUGAACACGUAUGUGAUGCACUAAUGCAAGGGAAAGGAUUGUGUUUGCAACAACUUGAGGCACUAGUGAAAAUGGUACCUACCAAAGAAGAAGAGUCAAAGCUCUUCAAUUAUAAAGGUGACAUCAAUGAAUUGGGGUCCGCCGAAAAGUUUGUGAGAGCAGUGCUUUGUGUCCCAUUUGCCUUUCAACGAGUAGAAACUAUGCUUUACAAAGAGACUUUUGAUGAUGAAGUUGUUCACCUAAGAAAUUCUUUUUCAAUGCUAGAGGAGGCAUGCAAGGAGUUAAGAUCAAGCAGACUGUUCUUGAAACUUCUAGAAGCAGUACUAAAAACAGGAAACCGAAUGAACGUAGGAACGAUAAGGGGAGGUGCGAGAGCAUUCAAACUGGACGCUCUACUAAAGCUAGCAGAUGUCAAAGGAACAGAUGGAAAAACCACCUUACUCCACUUUGUUGUUCAAGAGAUUGUUCGGUCAGAGGGAAUACGCGUUUCAGAGAGCAUAAUGGGAAAAAUAAGCCAAAAAAGCAACAAAAACAGAACAGAAGAAGAGAAAGAAGAAGACUACAGAAAAAUGGGACUAGAACUAGUGUCUGGUCUCAGCACAGAAUUAUACAACGUUAAAAAGACAGCGACAAUCGACUUAGAUGUUCUCGCUAGUUCGGUUUCAAAUCUAUACGACGGAAUGGUUAGGCUGAAACAGUUGGUGGAAAACGAGUUGCAUGAGGAUGAAAUGAGUCAUAAUUUUGUGGUGACUAUGAAGGUGUUCUUGCAAUACGUGGAUGGAAAUUUGAAGGAGUUGAGAGGUGAAGAAGAUGGAGUGAUAGCACUUGUUAAAGAAAUAACAGAAUAUUUUCAUGGUGAUGUUAGUAAAGAGGAUAAUCCACUUAGGAUAUUUGUGAUUGUGAGAGAUUUUAUGGGAAUGUUGGAUAAUGUUUGUAAAGAGCUUAGAAAGUCUAAAGGUUCACGUACUCCAAAUCCUCUUGCACCUUUCAGAUAG